UUUGCUGUAACGUCUUCUUCCUCACUCUGCCCCAAGCAGAUGCUCACCAACCAGAGCUAAAUGUUUUCGGUUAACCGUUAAUUUAUAUAAAAAAAAUCCCAGGACUCUUCAACUUCAACCACUCGAACAAUCCGAUUUCGAGUCCCUGAAAAUUUCCUGCAAAUAUAAAUUUUUCUCUAUCAAUUAUUAUCCGGCACUCCAUUAAUAUGCUUCAUCAGUCUUAGAAGAGAUUGCAAUUGCAACCGCAGGCGCCGCUCUCUGAAAAUCCUAAAUCUUUUCCCGAAAUUAUAAAUAAACAAAGAAGCUUGGAUCCAUGAAGAAGCCCAGUUUCAACCCGUUCGACCUCCUCUCGGAAGAAAUUCUUUUCACGAUUCUCGACUGCCUCGAGGAGAAUCCUCUCGACAAGAAAUCCUUCAGUCUCGUAUGCAAGUCCUUCUACCUAGUCGAAUCUCGACACCGGAAGACUCUCAAACCGCUCCGUUCCGAGCUUCUAACUUGCACCCUUAACCGAUAUCCCUGCAUUACUCAUCUCGAUCUCUCGCUAUGCCCUCGGGUCAAUGACAAUUCCCUCUCCGUCGUCUCAGGUCUCUGUAAAUCCCCGUUGCGUUCCAUUGACCUCUCCAGAUCUAAAUUCUUCUCCCACGUGGGCCUCACCAGUUUGGCCCUUAACUGCUCCUCCUUGGUCGAGAUAGAUCUCUCCAAUGGAACGGAGCUGACGGAUUUUGCUGCCAAGGCGAUUGCAAAGGCGAAGAAUUUGGAGAAGCUUUCGUUGGCCAGGUGUAAACGAAUUUCGGAUUUAGGGAUUGGCUGUAUUGCAGUUGGCUGCAGGAAGCUCAGGGUUAUCAGCUUGAAGUGGUGUUUGAGUGUAUCUGAUUUGGGGGUUGGUUUGCUUGCUGUCAAGUGCAAGGAGAUCCGAAGUUUAGAUCUCUCCUAUGUACCGAUCACCAACAAAUGCCUGCCAUUUAUCUUUCAACUACAGUAUUUGGAAGAUUUGGCUCUUAUAGGAUGCUUAGGUAUUGAUGAUGAAGGCCUUGCAGCCUUCAAACAAAAGCACCCAUCCCUUGAGGUACUCAAUAUAUCUCAUUGUCAGAAUGUGGGCCAUGUGGGUUUGUCUUCCCUAAUAAAUGGAGCAGAAAAUCUUCGUCAACUGGUUUUAGCCUAUGGUUCUCCUGUUACACUUUCUUUGGCUGAGGCAUUCCAAAAAUUUUCAAAAUUGCAUUCAAUCAAAUUAAAUGGAUGUAUGGUUACAUGUGAUGGACUAAAUGCCAUUGGGAAUUGCUGUAUACCACUGAGGGAGCUAAGCUUAAGUAAAUGCUCAGGAGUGACUGAUGAAGGACUCUCUUUCCUUUUGUCAAAACACAGAGAGUUAAAGAAGCUAGACAUAACAUGCUGUCGCAAGAUUACUCAUGUAUCUAUUGAUAGCAUCACUACUUCAUGCACCUCCCUUGUUUCCCUCAGAAUGGAAUCUUGUAGUCUUGUUCCAAAGGAGGCAUUUAUCCUGAUUGGACAGCGUUGUUAUCUAUUGGAAGAACUGGACCUUACAGAUAACAAAAUCGACAACGAAGGUCUCAAAUUCAUCUCAAGAUGUUCUGAACUUUCCAGCUUGAAAAUAGGAAUUUGCUUGAACAUAACUGAUGAGGGGCUCACCAACAUUGGCAUGUUCUGUCCAAAGCUUAUAGAACUUGAUCUGUACAGGUCUACAGGAAUAACAGACAUAGGCAUUGCGGCAAUUGCGCGUGGUUGCCAUCAGCUGAAGAUGAUUAAUGUAGCCUAUUGUAAAGACAUUACUGAUAAUUCAUUAAGAUCAUUGUCAAAAUGCUCAAGGUUAAAUACACUUGAAAUUAGAGGAUGUCCUUGUAUCUCAUCUGUGGGUCUCUCAGCCAUAGCUGUGGGAUGUAAGCAACUCACCAGACUGGACAUAAAAAAGUGUCACGAUAUUGAUGAUGUUGGGAUGCUUUCACUUGCUCACUUUUCUCAAAACCUCACACAGAUAAACUUGUCAUAUUGUUCGGUAACAGAUGUUGGACUCUUGGCACUAGCAAGCAUCAGCUGCCUACAUUGCAUAAAUUUAUUGCACUUGAGGGGUUUGACUGCAAAUGGGCUAGCAGCUGCACUGCUGGCAUGCGGUGGACUAAGGAAAGUGAAGCUCCAUUUAUCCUUUAAGCCCUUGCUUGCUAAAUCUUUUCUUGAACACAUUGAAACCCGUGGAUGUGUACUCCAGUGGAGAGACAAAGCUUUUCAGGCUGACAUAGAUUCAAAGGCUUGGAAGCUAGAGUUGGAAGAUAUGCCAUAGAGUUACAAAGUUCUUCAUUAAAAAAAUGAGUUAUGAAGUGCUGGAUUCGAAAGGAUGCUGUCGAUUUAGCGGAAGUUUGACUGUAUAGUUGUAUAUAAGAGGCCAGUUCAUAACAUAUCCUUUUUGGGUUGUUUUGCUGUUAUAAUUGGGCGGUCUAAUUCUAGUGACCUUGAUGACAACACAGAGUGUAUAUGGUAUACUUGCAGACCUUGGAUCAUGUUCUCUUAAGAAAUUGGAGUGGAUCUUAGGAAGAGUUUGAAAUGGAUACUUACUCUAUUUAUGCCCUUGUUUAUUUGUUGCAAUUUUCUUCUGGCUCA